AUGAAAGGAAUUAGAGAGUGCCCUUGGCAGUUCUCGCUAAAAAAAGAGAGGACGGUAGUGAUUGAUGCUCCUAAUCUUGUUUUGCUCAAGUACAAGGUCGCUUUCCAAGAAAUUGAGUUGAAAGAUGUUCCGCAUUUGCUCGAAAUUAGGUUUAAUGGUUACUUUCAUCCAGGUGAAAUAUACUACGAUCGUGUUAAGAAUUUGAUGGAAAAGUUUGCUCAUUCAAAGCUUCCUGAAAUUCAACAUCAGCCAGACACCUCUCCUUCCUCUUUGAUCGUAGAAGGGCUCAUUAUCGUCCAUCCUAAUUCUCACCCAACUCACCUAACGAUUGCCCAAGGACGUCUUCACCACCCAAUGUCUGUCGCAACAAAGAUAACGUCAUUACAUGAUGUAAAAUUUAUACAAGAUAUUGUGAAAAAGGUUGGAGAAAAGUUGAAAAUGGAAAUGCUAUAUGUGCCCUCUUAUUUAGUUAGAAUUGAUUAUCAUGUGAAUGACAUUAAAACUGGAUACAAGAUAGACCCGAAAAUGUUGGAUGAUGAGAUAAUGGAGUUGGAAUGGUUGGAUCGGAGUCUGGUGAGGCAAAACGAAGCUACUGGAAGUGUAGAUCGGACCGGACCGAAGCUGGAGAAAUCGAACAACAAAUGGGUAGCUAGACGAAACAAUUCGGUUGGAGGAGAGUUGGGUUGGCCGACGGCUUUGGGUGGACAAAAUCUAAUGCAGGCGGCUAGAUUGGGUGGAGAUAGACGCCGUUGA